CAGAGUAUGAGAUGAUGCAGCUCCCUUUCUUUUAUCGCAUGGUCCCAAGUGAAUCCCAUCAAUAUACGGGAAUUAUCAGACUGCUUAAGCAUUUUGGAUGGACAUGGGUUGGACUCUUUGUGGGGGAUGAUGAUCAGGGAGAACGUUUCUUGAAGGCCCUGGAGACAUUGCUUUCCAAGAAUGAAAUGUGUUCAGACUUCACAACACGAAUCCCCACCCAUGACGAUCUUCUUACUGAAAGCCAAAUGAAAGCUCUGGCUGAAAAAAUGUAUCAACAGAUCAAUUUUAUGAAAUCCAAAGUAUUUGUUAUCUAUGGUAAAACAUCUCAUUUUAUGUAUCUGUGGUAUUUUAUAUAUGGCAGGGGACUCUAUGAACACAAGGAAAAUAUAUUGGUUGGAAAGGUAUGGAUUAUAACAGCCCAAAUUGAUUUUGUAUUAGGAGACGAUGGCGGGGACAAAGAUUUGCAAGUGUUCCAAGGUGCACUUUACUUCUCCAUUCACUCAAAUCAACCUUUUGGGUUCCAGAAAUAUCUACAGACCCUAAAACCAGAUUGGACACAAGCAGAUGAUUUUCUGGAGUUGUUCUUGGAGCAAGCAUUUGGCUGUUCAUUCCCAGAUCCCCUGGUGCCAUACAAGGUCUCUGGAACAUGUACUGGAGAGGAAAAGCUGGAGAGAAUUCCUAGUUCUGUUUUUGAAAUGAGCAUGACGGGCCACAGCUACAGUAUUUAUAAUGAUGUUUAUGCUGUGGCACAUGCUUUGCAUGCCCUGUACACGUCUCAGUCCAAUCGCAGAGCAAUGUUGCAUGGCAAAAACAGUGAAUUUCGGGAUCUUCAUCCUUGGCAGCUCCACCCAUUUCUUCAACGUAUUUCAUUUAACAACUCUGCUGGAGAAAAACUGUCUUUGAAUGAGAAAAGGGAAAUGGAAGGUGGAUUUGAUAUCAUGAACUUGGUUACAUUCCCAAACAAGUCAUUCGUUAAAGUGAAAAUUGGAUGGGUGGAUCCCAGUGCGGUGGAUGGGAAAGAGUUCUUCAUCAAUGAAGAUUUGAUUGCUUGGCAUAGGGGCUAUAAUGAGGUCUUGCCCGUUUCUGUCUGUAGUGACUCCUGCCAACCCGGAUAUCAGAAGAGAAAGCAGGAAGGGGAGAAGUUUUGUUGCUAUGAUUGUGCUCCAUGUCCAGAUGGGAAGAUUUCUAAUAAAACAGACACUGAUGACUGUUCUCAAUGCUUUGAAGAUCAGUAUUCAAAUAAGGACCGAGAUCGAUGCAUCCCCAAAGUUAUAAGCUUCCUGUCCUAUGAAGAACCAUUGGGGAAAGGUUUAGCUUCAGUUGCUCUUUCUUUUUCCUUGGUCACAGUCUUGGUGCUGCAAACCUUCAUUAAGCACAGAGAUACCCCAAUAGUCAAAGCCAACAACCGAGGCCUCACCUACACUCUCCUCAUCUCUCUCCUGCUCUGCUUCCUCUCUUCCUUCCUAUUCAUUGGCCAACCUGGGAAACUGAACUGUCUUCUCCAACAGCCAGUGUUUGGUUUGAUCUUCUCAGUGGCUGUUUCUAGUGUGUUGGCCAAAACCGUCACUGUAGUUGUAGCUUUCAUGGCCACCAAGCCAGGUUCUAAUAUGAGAAAAUGGGUGGGGAAAAGACUGGCCACUUCCAUUGUCCUUUCCUGCUCCCUCUUUCAAGCUGGCAUUUGUGUUGUGUGGCUCACAAUGUCUCCCCCAUUUCCAGACUUAGAUAAACACUCAGUCCCUGAAGAAAUCACAGUGCAAUGUAAUGCAGGCUCUGCCAUCAUGUUUUAUCUGGUCCUGGGCUACAUGGGACUUCUGUCCAUCAUCAGCUUCUUGGUGGCUUUCCUUGCCAGGAAAUUGCCAGACAGUUUUAAUGAAGCCAAGUUCAUCACCUUCAGCAUGCUGAUGUUUUGCAGUGUUUGGUUGACUUUUGUUCCAGCUUACCUGAGCACCAAGGGGAAAUACAUGGUAGCUGUGGAGAUCUUCUCUAUCUUAGCCUCUAGUGCUGGGUUGUUAGGCUGUAUCUUUUCCCCCAAAUGUUACAUUAUUCUCUUCAAGUCUGAGUUGAACAACAGGGAGCAGCUCAUGAGGAAAAAGAAUUAA